UCAAUGUGAUAAUCAAAGGUCACCCUAUUCCGAACUGUAAGUAGCUGAUAUAAAAGUGACUUGCACUCACGAGUUACCGGUGGAUAUUGAGGAGUAUAAUUUGAAUUCAGUAAAAGUGGUGGCACAGAUCAAGUCAACAUUUAAAAAUCAGCAAGAUGAUUUUUGCAGCGAUACAAUCUGCAGCGUCUGCUCUUGCCAGUGUUGCAGCAUGGGCAGUGCCGGGCGAAAGCAGUUCAACAGCUGCGACAGAAAGCUUACAUCGUCUGUUGAACGAGUUGAAACUUUUAGAAAAGGAUCGGCAGAAAGAACUAAAUAAGGCCCUCGGAAACCAAGAAUUCAUGAGACACAAACCUAUGAUUGAAUUUUUAUCCAUUCUAUCGUUUGUGAACUGGCUUUUUAUGGAAUAUCUCUGUUACUAUGAUGCAGUGAAUACAUUGAUCCACUCCGAUGAAGGAUCGGAGGCUUCAAGGAAGGUAAUAUUUUUGCCCAAAGUGAAACUUUAUUGCUCGAAGGAAAAUUUUAUUUCGACCAAAAAGAUUAUUGAUUAUUAUUUUGACCUCCAUACAUACAAGUCACUUUUGCAGCGCGUCCGAGCGCUCUGCGACACCUAA